GGAAAUUACAGAAUGCCCAACAGCGCUGGAAAGAGAUUUAAACCCACCAAAUACAUCCCGGUGUCUACAGCUGCCACACUUCUUGUGGGAUCGACCACUUUAUUCUUCGUUUUUACGUGUCCCUGGUUGACCAAGGCUAUCUCCCCUGCUGUGCCUCUCUACAAUGGCCUGGUCUUCCUCUUUGUGUUGGCCAACUUCAGCAUGGCCACGUUUAUGGACCCUGGAGUCUACCCCCGAGCGGACGAAGAUGAAGACAAGGACGAUGAUUUCCGGGCUCCACUCUACAAGAACGUGGAGAUCAAAGGCAUCCAGGUCCGGAUGAAGUGGUGCGCCACCUGCCAUUUCUACCGGCCACCGCGCUGCUCCCACUGCAGUGUCUGUGACAACUGUGUCGAGGACUUCGACCACCACUGUCCCUGGGUCAACAACUGCAUCGGGAGGAGAAACUACCGCUACUUCUUCCUCUUCCUGCUGUCGCUGAGCGUCCAUAUGGUGGGAGUGUUCUCCUUCGGCUUGAUCUUUGUCCUUCACCACAGAGAGAGACUGGGUGCGCUACAUACAACCGUCACUCUGGUGGUGAUGUGUAUAGCAGGGCUCUUCUUCAUCCCAGUCAUGGGCCUCACAGGCUUCCACAUGGUUCUGGUUGCCAGAGGUCGCACCACCAAUGAACAGGUGACAGGCAAGUUUCGCGGAGGAGUAAAUCCCUUCACGCGAGGUUGCUGUGGCAACGUGGAGUACGUCUUAUGCAGUCCACUGGCUCCAAGGUACAUAUUGGACCCCAGGAAGAAGCCCCCGAUGAAAAUUCAACCCCCCUUCAUCAGACCCGACCUCUCAGACAGGCAAAUCACCAUCAAAGUCAGCGACAAUGGCAUCCACAGCACCAUCAUCAGCUCCAAGUCCAAGAGCAGUCUGAAUGUCCUGGAAGAGAAAGAGACCCAGCCUCCGCUUCCCCCCAAGGCUGACCGCUACAACCAGCUGAAAAAUCAGAUAACGUCUAGCGAAGAGAGCUCUCUGUCUGGUAAGACUCACCCUUCCACUCCGGCCAUGUACAAGUUUCGGCCGUCCUUUGGCACCAUGCCUAAAGUCCACUAUCAUGCUGCUGGAGAGAAGAUUGUGAUGCCAGAUGAGCGGAAGACGUCAGCUAUAUUGGAAGAAGGUGUCCGUGGUCAUGACUAUCGCUCUGAGCCCAACCUGGACCUGCCUGACUACAGCAAUACUCCCCUCCACCGCACCUUCCAGUCCUCGCCCCUCCAGCUGGACUCUUACCCCAUCAACUCCCGCUCGCUCAGCCUGAAGCAAGCUCAACGCCGGACCGACAAGGGCCAGCUCCCGGCUCUGCAGCCAGAGACAGUAACCUCCACCCCUUAUAAUAAGAGUGUCUUCUCUCCCAGUACACUGUCCAACCGUAAUGGCAGCCUGUCCUAUGACAGCCUGCUCAACCCCAGCAUCACCCCAGCCACCGCCACCGAGUGCAUGGCCCAUCCAGGUAUGCCCUCAAUGGGUUUCCAUUCGCCCUACCUGCCUACCAAAAUGUGCCACAUCCGGGGACCCGAACUGCAUAGGCAGCAGGUUCCCCCUACCUAUAGUCCGGUGAUAACUGCCAGGGGGAUGGGCAGUCAGUCGCCCCACCAGAGGGACAGGGAGCCAUCUCCAGUGCGCUAUGACAACCUCUCCCAGACCAUCAUGGCUUCCAUCCAAGAACGGAAGGAGAUGGAGGAAAGGGAAAAGCUGCAGAUGCUGCACGGGCGCUCCAAGACGCAGGCCUACACUCAUGACUCAGGCAUGUUUGACAGCCCAGGGGGAUACGGCCUGCCCCCCAACACCUCCUACCAAGAUGGGCCCCGGGGCCCCAGUUCCAGAGGCCCGACACCCCUUGCCUAUGGAGGCUCCAGGGACAACCUUGUGGGGGCUGGGCUGGUGGGGUACAGCCAGCGGGCCCCUGUGUUGCGUCAUGCUGGUUCUUCAAUGGGCCGUGCCCCCAGAACUUCCUCGAGCUCCCUGCACAUGGAGCACAGUAGCAGCAACAGCAGUCAGGGCAGGGCCCCUGGCCCCGAGACCUCCUAUCACUCCCCAGCUCACCAGCCUCACCACUCCCCUGCCAUGCCUCGAUCCCCCUCCUAUACCCACCAGAAACUCUCCUUUAUCAGCGCCCUGGAGCGGACUGACUCACCUCGCCUUGGGGGCCCAAGAGAGGCCAUGAUGCAGAGUAAAUUAAAUGGGCAAACGGACUGCCACCCCGGUGCCCAGGUCAGCCCUCAUAGCCCUAGUCGCCACAAUAACGUCAAAAAGGUCACGGGGGUAGGAGGCACCACCUAUGAGAUAUCCGUGUGAGCAGGGGGGCUGAGCACCAAACAGGUGCAGCAAACACCUUCGAUGGCACCGACUGCCGACCCGCUGCUACGAAGAGAUUCUCUUCCUGCGGUUAUUUUUGUAAAGCCUAGAUUUCAGCCAAUCAGGGGCACAUAGCACUUCCCGCUUUGAAGUUCUUGUCCAUCAGAGGACCUCUCUGCUCUUGUGGGUCUGUCCAGUCAGCUGCCUGUGUGCUCUCACACUAGACGGGCAGGAUGUUAAUCAGUACUGCUGAGGGCUGUAUUUGUAUGGUGUGUGUUUUUUUUUUUUUGUCGUUACAUUUUGUGGC